AUGAAAUUUAACAAACUAAAUAAUUAAAAUAUUCCAUAAAUUGAUAGAUCAAAUACAGAAAAAUUAAAGUAAAACUCAUAGGCUUGUGUAUACUGUAAAGGACCUACUGGAACCAUCAAAUGCAAUAAAUGUAAUGCAUAUGCUCACGUCUAUUGCAUUUUACUAAAAAUCACAGAUUCUGGAGGGUUUAGAUUAGAUUAUUCAGAAAGCAGCAAGGAGAAUUAAUGGUAAAUAUACUUUAAUUAUAAACAAAUGCUUUCUAUUGAUAAUAUGGUUCAAUCAAAUAGAGAUAAAUAGUCACUUAAAAAUAAUGUCCAAAAUAUAUUUGAAUAAUAUAUGAAAAUAUAAGGAAAUUCUAAGUAAAUUAAAUUAGAUGUAUUAUUUUAACAAUACUUUUAAACUGAUAAAAUUGAAGAAGAAAAAGAAUCUAUCUUAUCAUGGAUUUGUUUCAAACACAAAUCUGCUAAGUCUUAUUGUUAUUGUAAACAAGAAGUAGAUUCAGAUGAUAUGGUCUAAUGUGAAACCUGUACAGAAUGGUUUCAUGAUCAAUGUGUACGAAAAUACUAAAAGGAUUUUCAAGAACAAAAGAGCAAAGAAAUAUAUUGUUGUCCAUUCUGUAUUAGAUGGGCAAAAAAUAAACUAAAUCAUAUCUUAAGAUUUAAUCCAAUUUCUAAUUUAAAUCAAUUAUUUCCACCUGUUUUGAAAUUGAAUUUCAUAUCACUCCUUAUUAUUGGAAUUUAUUGUGAAAGAGCGUUAGAUAGAAUGAUAUCCAAAUAUAAUGAAGCUGAAUAUUAAAUACUAUAAUUCAUUCUUUCAAAUCUUCCAUUUCCAAAUUCUCUAUAAACUUAGCUUGGUUUAAUUGAAGAGAAAUCUAAAUUAACUGAUUUGAUGAACUUUAUUUUUACCUAAAAAAUUCCUUAUAGAGAUGAAAACUAAUGGAUAAUCAGAUCUUAGUUAGAUGACAAAAAUAACACUAUUCCUGAAAAUAUUCAACAUAAUAGUGCUUUAAAAAAUAAACUAUUACAAGUUAUCACUUUGUUUAAAGAUUUGGAAGAAUGCUAAUUUUAUUAGGAAUUAUUACAAAAAUUGAAUCAUUUACAAAAAGCCUUUGACAUAAUUAUAAUGAAAUAGAAAAUAACGAAGACUACAAUAUUAAUGGAAUAUAAAUCAACUGAAUUUCAAGAGUUCAUUUACUUACAAUAAUAAAUACCAACUUAUAAAAGAAUAAAAAGAGAGUUUGUUUCUACUUUGCAAAAAUCUUAAGAUAAAUUCUAAGAUUUUGAAACCAAAUUUAAUGGAAUUAUUGACUCAUCUGAAGAAGAAGAAGAUGAAGAUGAUGAACUUGAGGAGUAUUAAAAAUUACAAAAAUAUUUUGAAUUAGAAAUAGAGCCAAUUCACAAUUAUUAAGAAUUCUUCAAUCUCAUUUCUCAAUCCAGAAUUAAAUUAAAUUAAUGUAAAAUUAAUGUGGAGUAUGUUAAUAAGAUUUUAAAAUAAAUUGAAAACUUAUCUAUUAAAGUAUCUUGGAUUUCAUACAUAGAAUAAGAAGUAAAUUAAGGAUUGCAUAUUAUUGGAUAAUUAGAGGAUUCCAAACUAUAUAAUCAGAAUAAUGCCAUUCAAAUUCUAAUAAAUAAAAUGGAACAAACAUUCUGUUAUUAUAAGGAUUUCCCUAAACAUUAUGCUUUUCUAUCUAAAAUUAAAUUGUAUGAACUAUACAUCCAAGAUCUUGAUUAUUAUUAAGAUAGGGAUGAUGAUGAUGACGACAGCGAGUUAUAAUAAAUAACUAAAGAAAUUUAGAUUAAAAUCUCCAUUCCACAUUUAUAAAUGCUAAAAGACUUAUAAAAAGAAACUAAAGCUCCUUAGAAGGAGGUUUAACUUUUAAGUAGAGUAGAAAAACAAAUGAAUGAAUAUAGAUAAAAGUUAAGAAAUAUAACACUUUAAAAAGGGCUAAAUGAAUAAUUAAGAAAAAAAUACUAAGCAGAAUUAUAAAUGAAUAAAUUAUAUGAUGUUCCAGAAAUUAAAGAACUUCAAUAAAAAUUAGAAAUAUUUUAGGAAGUUGAAAAAAUAAGACUAGCCAAAACACAAACGUUUUAAUAAUUAGAAAUGUGUUUAGAAAAAUCAAAAUAAUAUAAUUUUGAUGAUAAAAUAAUUCACUAAUUUGAAUGUGAAAUCAAUAAGUAUCACUAAAAAAAGAAAGAAAUUCAAAGAUUAUUAGAAAAUGAAAUUUAUGAAUGUGAAUAAUUAGAUUAAGCCAAGUUAUAUUUAUAUGAAAUUUCUUAAAGUAAAAUUAUAUUUGAAGAGAAAUAACAAUUAUAAAGUUUAAACAAAGCUUGUCAAUUUAUCUAACAAUUGUAUGAGUUUUAUUAAAAAUAUAAAUCUCCUGAGUAGGAAAUGGAAAUUGAAGAUGAUAAAAAUCCAGAUUUGCAAUUUAAAAUUAAUUAAAUUAGCAAUCCUUUUUCUAUCAUAUUUAAAAAUGAUCAAGAAUCGAUGAUUAAUGAUUUAGAAGCCAUCUUAAAUAAACAGCAAAACAUACUCGAUAAACGAAUCAAUAAUGUCUUUAAUUAAUAUUCAAACUUCUUAUGGUAAAAAUAAACCAAAAUAUUAUUAUCGUUACAUGAGUAAAAGUCAGAAAUAAGUAAUCAAUUAAUAGAAUCUGUAAUAACAAAGAAGUUUCAAUUAUAAGAUCAUGUAGAAUAAACUAAGUUGGAUUAAUUUAUUGAAUUGUUUAAUAAAUAAUUUGUAAUACUUAAUUAGAUAGUUGUACCAUUACAAGACUAUAUUAAUAAAUAACCAAAAGAAAUCUCAUUAUCUGAUUGGUUUGAGGGUUAUAACAAAAUAACUUUAAAUAUUAAAGGUGGAAUAUGGGAUUAAGUGAAAAUUUAUAAUGUAUGGGUAACAAUCAUUACGAAAUUUUAAGAAAUUGAAAACUCUGAAUUACACACAUAUGAGAGUCUCAAGCUGCUAUUAGAAAUUAUUUAAAUGUCUCAUAUGCCUAAGUAUUCAGCAAUUAUUCAAAUAAUAAAUCAAAAAGUCAAUAAUUUCAACAACUUAGUGGAUAAAUUUAAGGAAUAUGGUUAAAGAAAAUAAGUAUUUUUAGAAAAAAAGAAAUCGAAGUAAGAAUCAUCAUCAAAAUAAAAAUUACAUUUCUAAAUUUUAGAUGCCAUUGAUUUAGAACAAAAACUAAAAAGAAUAAGUAAUAUGGUACAUGAUUUCUUUUCAAAAGAAUUCUGUACAGAUUUAGAAAAUAUUAAACAAAUAUAAGAAGAUUUUAAUAAUUGCAACAAUGAUGAUAUCUAAAUCUAUUCAUAGCUAUAUUAAAGAUUGACUUAAUCAUUUAUAUAGGACGAUUUGCUAUUAGAUCAAUUGAAAAUAAAAAUAUACUAAUCGAAGAUUAGAGACAUUGUUAAGGGAAAAAAAACUGUUGAAUUGUAAAAGGCUAAAAAAUAAUAUACAAGUUUAAUGAAUUUAAUGGAAGGAACCAACAAUGAAUUUGAAGAGUAUGUUUCAUAAUUCAAUAACAUAUUAGCAAUUGCAGAAAAUGUUCAAACUAUUGCUAAUAAAAUAAAGAAUGAAUAGGAUUACAAAUUUGAAGAAUUGGAAUUAUGUAUAGAGGAUAUUGGAAAAAUAUUAAAUAUUGAGAUAAAUGAUAAAGAAGAUGUAUUAAUAAAGUAUUAGGAAUGCUAAUAAGUGAAAAAGGACAUAAAUGAAAUAUAAAGUUCAUCGGUCAAAUGCAAGGAGAUAGUGGUAUAGAACCUUGUAGAAAAAUUAGAACAAUUGCCAUUAUAAGACGAAAAAUAAUUAGCAUAGACAUGGUUAAACUAGUAUGAAUAAUUGAAAGGAAAUUAUUCAACCAUUAAAUAGAUGUUAUAAAAAUAGAAGUCAUCACAAAAUUGUAAACAGUUGACUGAACUUAUGAAAAAACUAUAGAAAUAAAAUGAGGAUUGCAUCAUUAUUCAUCCUGAAACUGAAAACCUAUUGAGAGACUACUAAGAAUUUAAUAAAAGAUUAGAAUAAAUAGAAUGUAAUCCAUUAUCAGAUCAGUCCUAAAAAGAAUUUAAGGAAUUAAAGACUAAUCUAAGAUGGGGGGAAUAAUAUGAAAGGGUUAGAAUGGCUAUUUGGAUUAAAUAAGUUAAUUAAUUUAAAAGUGGAUAAUCUGGAAAAUAAGGAUUUUCUUCUUUUCAAAAUCUUGUACAUUAAGGAUAUGAGAUUUUAGAAUCAGCAUUAUUAAAUAAUUAAAAAUUAUAGGUUGAGAAGUUAAAAGGAUUUAUCACAUACUUAGAAUAAUUAAUGAAUAAAAUCAUUAAUGUUGUGACAAGUAGUACUAAUGGGAACUAAUUGAUCGAAGGAAAGAUAGAUAUUUCAUAAUUAGUGUUAGAACUUUAGCAUGCUUCUAGCUAUCAAAAAUAAGAAAAAUUAAAAGAUUUGUAACCAAGGAAACCAUUUGAUGAUCUUAAUCAAUAUCUAGAUAAAAUAUAGAUGAAAUAAAAGAAAAGGAUGAUUCCAUCCACAGCAAAAGACAAGCCGGAAUAGUCUAUCAAAAAGGUUAAGAAAUCUAGUUAUGACAAUUAUUAUGAAAAAUUAAGAAUUGAGAAAAGACAUGAGUUGUUAACAGCUAUGAAAUAGGUCCCAAUUUUAAAAGAUAGAAAAGAUUUGAGUGAAAAAGCGAAAGAAAUUGAAAAUUAAUAGUUUGGAGAGUAUGUCUAAAAUAAAUCGAAAUAUGAAGAAGUGAUGUAAUUAAUUAUAGAAACAUAUAGAGAGUUGUAAAAGUUUCCAAACUAUUCUAAACAAUUAUUCUCUGCAUAAAUUAAUCUAGAAACUACUGCAAAAGCCAUGUAAAAAUAUUAGGAUGGUAAAUUACAAAAAUGUGAAGAUAAAUAUAAAUAGGUUAGGUAAUAAGAUGUAAGUUCUUUAUCUUAAAUUAAGAAUAAUAAUACAUUAUAGACAUAAAAGAUUAGACUUAAAUCUUAAACUCAAUCAACAGUAUAAAAACAACAGCCUUAGAUAAUGUAAAAUGUAAAAUUGGAUAAAUUGAAUCAAUAAUUAAACAAUUAAUGUUUAUUGAUACAAAAAUUGUAAGAAUCAAAAUAAUAACAGCAAUAAUAGAAAUAAUAAAUCUUAUAAGUCUCAUCAAACUAAAAAUAACAACCAAAACUUAAAGAAUAAAAUUAAAUAUAAUCUAGCAUCUCAUCCAGCUAAGAUUCAGUAUCUCAAGGAUCUUCUGAAUUUAAGUUAGUUCCAAACAAUAAAGCAACUUAAAAAGAAGAAGAGAAGGAUCCAAAAAUUUUUUAAAACAAAAAAGAAGUCUAUCCAUAUAUUUACGGAGACAAAUUAACAAAAAUAGGUCAAAAUGGCUCUAAAUUAGUUUUACCUGAUGGUUCCACUUUCACUAUUGAUUAUUUUAGUCAUCAAACAGAAUUAAGAUACAAUAAAUUCCCAAAAUUGAUAUAAGAUCUAAAGAUUUCCAACUAUCAAGAUUAAGAAUAUAUAUUAAAAGAAAUAGAAAAAAUAUCUUAAUAAAAUAGAUAAUAAGUAUUAUCAGGAUAAAUAGUACCAGAAAGAUUGCAAGAUUUAGAAGCCUUAAAUAGAGUAAGUGAAGAGUUAUAGAAAGAUCAUAGAAUAUUAGAGUAUAAGUUGGUGGAUACAAUUGUUUACUUGAUGCAUCACGAAUAAAUGUUGAGAUCUGAUCUUUUUUGUAAUUUUAGACUAGAAGAGAUUAUUUUGAGAUAGCAUCUAAUCAAAUAGGAAGAGAUUUAUAAACAAUUAGACAAUUAUAUAUCAACUUUGUGUUUUGUAAUUUCAUUAAAAUAAUAAUAAUAAGGAAUUUGGGUCAGUAAUUUUAGUGGAAUUUCUAUUGAAAUAAUUAAGAAUCUUUCAUAAUCAUAUGAAUUUAGAAAAUGGAAGGAAAGUAGAAAAAAUCAAGAGAAAAUGUAAUAAAAAUAAAUACAAGAAAAUUCAAAACUUUAAUUUGAACCAGCGACAUCAGAAGAAGAAUUUAACGAUAAUAAUAAUUAAGUAGCAAUAUUAUCUAUACAUUUAGCGAAAUCCCAAAGGUUUAAAAUAUUAAGAAUCAAAUCCUAGAGCAAUUGGUUCUCAUUAUAAUAAAGGAAAUUUUAACUCUAAAUGAAAUUAUGUAUAGAAUAUUAAGAUUAUAAUAAAUUCGUUUUUUUAAUAAAUGUGUAUUGGUUAUUCUUUGGGAAUGCGUCUAGAUUGCUUUAACAGCUGUAGCAGUUGGUAUUUGAUUUAGUAGUGGAUUGGCCAAUUUUGUUGAUAAUCUUAGCAUCCUUAUUAGAAUUGAUCUGGUGUAUUAUAGCAUAAUGUGGAGGAUUGUCAGAGAGAGUUGAUGAACCACAAUAUUUAGUCAAAUAAUUUGUGCUAAUGUGUGAAGCUUAAGAAAUCGUUAGAUAAUAUGAAGUGUUCAAUCAAAUGAGAAUAGGUAAGGCAUAACUAUGCAAGUGA